AAUUCUUGUACCCCGCAUGCACGUGAAGAUCUGAAUAAAUUUCCCAUCUCUUUCUUUCUCUCACAAUGAAUAAAAAAGGAAUCUAAUCCUCUCCUCUUUCCCAUACAAAUUCAAGAUUUUGGUUUAUUCUCUCCAUUAUUAGUAUCUCAUCUCAUGAAUCUUCUCCAAUCUCUUUCCCCAAAAUAAAAGAAAUCAAACAAGCAUCCUCCAUGUAAAAACACCACUCCUAUUUGUAUUUGUAUCUGAGGAAUAUGUAUUUAUGGCUGUCAAUAUUUAAGUACUGAUAUAUUUAUGGAAAUUCAUUCAUAUAAGAUUCAACCUGUCUUCUUCCUAGGUAUCCAAUGUGGGUUGGUUGCAUUGAAAACGGCUUCCUUCCUUCCUCUUUGCCAACCCCUUUUUUGUUUUCACCUUAAAUUUUUCUUUUUCCUUGUAAAGAUCCUUUCUUUGUUGUAAUCCCAACUUCUCAGAUCAAGAUCUGAACUUUCUACCAAUUCCUUUAUCCCCCAUCUCCUAAUUAUGGUUGGCGGUCUCUUUCCUCUUCCUCUUUCUAUUUUGAUGUAAUGUGCAUGCAAAAAGCUCCUCAAUUUUGCUUGCUUUCUUUGACCCAGAAAGGUUACGGCUUCUUCCAUUGAGUUUGGGCGGUUUUGUUGAACCCAUUAGCCUUAAUUGUGGAUUUAUUUGCUCAAAGAUCUGAGCUUUCUCCCAUCUCCACCAACUACAUUUUGUGUUCGGAUUCCCAAUUUUGCCACACCAAAACAUGAUUUAGCUUUGGGGUUUUGAAAUUCACUGCCUGCAUUGCGGCCCCUUUGCUCGAAUAAUUCUACUUGUGUUCUUGCUGUUGUGUUUGAGGGUAGGAGAAAAUGUUGAAGCAAAUUUUGAGUAGAAUCCCAAGAAAAUCUCCCUCGAAAGCUGAUUCAGCUGAGCUAGAAAGGUCGCCAAAUUCUUCUGGUCCCAUUAGCCCAAAUGGCAGUUCUGGUUCUGGAAAGGUUGGGGCAGCGUGCAAAAGGCCCUCUUCAGCUGUUUUUCCUGCGAGUAUGGUUGCAGGGUUUGAGCCAUUGUUGCCAUUCAAAGACGUGCCCAGCUCUGAAAAGAUGAAUCUCUUUAUUAGUAAGUUAAGUCUCUGCUGUGUAGUGUUUGAUUUUUCUAAUCCAAGUAAAAACACCUUUGAGAAGGAGCUGAAAAAGGCUACAUUGAUUGAACUGAUUGAAUUCAUAUCAUCUAAUUCAGUUAAAUUCUCGGAACCAGCUAUUUUGGUAGUUUGUAAAAUGUGUGCUGUGAAUUUGUUUCGAGUCUUCCCGCCUAAUUAUAGGUCGAAGAAUGGCAGUUUAGCUGCUAGUGAAACUGAUGAUGAUGAGCCUACAUUUGACCCUGCGUGGUCACAUCUGCAGCUUGUGUAUGAGUUGUUGCUUAAGUUUGUGACCUCGUCUGCCUUGGAAUCUAAGGUGGCUAAGAAGUAUUUAAAUCAUUCCUUUAUUGUGCGGUUACUUGACUUAUUUGAUUCGGAGGAUCCGAGGGAAAGGGAAUGUUUGAAAGCUGUUUUGCAUAGGAUUUAUGGGAAGUUUAUGGUCCACCGGCCCUUUAUAAGGAGGAGCAUGAGCAAUCUGUUCUUUAGGUUUGUGUUUGAGACGGAAAAACAUAAUGGUAUUGCAGAGCUGUUGGAGAUUUUUGGGAGUGUGAUUACUGGUUUUGCCUUGCCUUUGAAGGAGGAGCAUAAAAUCUUUUUGUGGAGGGCUCUAAUACCGUUGCAUAAGCCAAAAUCUUUGGGAGUCUAUUUCCAGCAAUUGUCAUACUGUAUAACACAAUUUCUAGAGAAGGAUCCAAAGUUAGCUAGUGGUGUGAUAAGGGGACUUUUAAAGUACUGGCCAAUAACAAAUAGCCAGAAGGAGGUCAUGUUUCUGAGUGAGUUGGAAGAGAUUCUUGAGGCAAUCAACAUGGGGGAAUUCCAAAAGGUCAUGGUCCCAUUGUUUUGGCGGAUCAGGAGCUGCAUCAGUAGUUAUCACUUUCAGGUAGCUGAAAGGGCUCUUUUCCUAUGGAACAAUGACCAGAUUGUGAAUCUUAUUGCACACAACCGGGAGAUUAUACUGCCUAUCCUGCUCCCAGCUCUUGAGAACAAUGCUCAGAACCACUGGAAUCCAGCUGUUUUGAAUCUGACUUUAAAUGUAAGAGGCAUGUUUAAAGAGAUCGAUGAUGCGUUAUUUGUAACCUGCCACUCUCGUUACAAAGAAGAAAGAGAAGAACUGAAUUUGGCCGCAACGAAGAGGAGGGAAGCAUGGGAACACCUGGAAAAUGCAGCUAGUCUACAGCCAGUAGUGGAAAAUAUCGCUGUACUGGUAACCCCUCUAGCAACUUCCAUCUGUUGUUAACACGCGAUUUCAAGCUCACCGAUGCAGAUAGUAGAGCUAACCGAUGCAGAUGGAUACUGACCAUUUAUUUUGGCUCUCUUGAGGCUCUGGGUUCUUUCUUUUAAUGUGUAAACCUGUAAUUGCCUUUUGUUAUGGUCUGUCUUGUUUUUGUGACCUUAUCAUUCCAUUCUCUGCCCAAGAAGGGGCUCAAGAGAAAGGGGUAUUGUAGUGGACACUGAGAAGUACCAACUAACAUCUUUCAAUGAGAUCAAUGAAACUGUUUAUGGAUCGUUCAGUACUGAUCAUACUAGCAUUUAAGGUUCUGGGUUCGACUUGUGAGCCGCAAUCAAAUUAUAGAGGAAAUGUCUUUGAGAAAUAUGCCUCAGCCCUCAGGUGUGCAAUGGCUUCAGUAUAUCUGUUUAACGAACAUUUUAACAGACAAAUCUGCUAUAAGAAAAUUGUAUCUUCA